AGACAUCGUAUCUUCUCCCUCUGCACUCUCGCAGGAUUGGAAUCUAUCGCGCUUCUCUUAUGGAAACCCGGCUUGUUCCUCUCUACCCUGCAGUCGGCGCAUACUGGUAACGACUCGCGCUAUUCGUGCACCGUAUCGGCGAGUAAACAAAUCGAAGACAGUAAACAAACCCGCCACAACCACAACACCUUCGCUACGAGGCCGUCGCAACGCGCACAACACUAUGUUUUCCUGGAUCACUGGGCCGCGCAUCACGAAUGUGAUCGAAGAUCUGCAAGCAGAGCCCGCCUACGAGUCUACCUUUAUUGACCCACCCGAAACGCCAGCUCACCAAUUUGCCGUCAAGGCGUUUAAACACGCGAUAUUCGGUACGCCUGCACCCGAAGAUCUGAACAAUGCGACAAGAAAGUUCGAGACCAAGGCCAAGAUAGCCUCUGCGAAUGCAAAGUUCGUGGAGUUCUCUGCGCCGAAGAACGACGAACUAGCAGGAUCGCCCACAAAAAGAGCUGGUGGCAUCCUUAUGACCCCAGGAACAGCGAACAAGGGAAGGAAAACUGUAUCUUUCGGGUCACAGAUCGAGGACAAUGAAGGAAAAACAAACGGCAUCAGUAGGAGCGGCAUACCGAACAACUGUCCAGGGAAGUUUCCUAGCCCCUGGACACCUGGUACGGAGCUGAAGCUAGACCCCGAGAGCGAUAAGAGGCCACGUACCAAGCUUACUGAAGCCUUACUCGAUGCGCGCACCACCACCCAACCAAAAUCUGGACAGAAACAGAAGGCCAGAGAUGACAGCGACAUUACCAUGGAUCUUGGUGCGCCUCGCUCAGACUCCGGCAAGUACUGGAAGGAACAGUACGAGAGCUACGCAGAGCGGAGCGAGAAGGAGAUGAAGAAGGUUGUUGCGAAACAGCAGCUGGCUAAGAAAUUCGCAAUGAAAAAAGACAGCGAGGUGACAGAGCUGGCCACAAAGCUCGAGCAAGAACGUAAGCGGUUCCGGUCUCGGGAGCGAGAGCUCGAACAGCAGAACAAGGACUACCAAGAGCGACUGCGUCAGGCCAUGGGUGAAAGUACGUCAACGAGCAUGGAAAAUGCAGCCUUGAAACAGCGAAUAGCCACUUUGGAGAAGGCAGUAGCGACAGCUGGUACGCAAGGGAAAGUUGAUUUUUCGAUCUACGAAGACUCUAGCAAGGAGGCGACACGAACACGGAAAGAGACCGAGGCCGCGACAUUCGUGCCAUCGCUGAACAUGCCACCCUCCGGCAAAGAGAACAGCUCCCCGCCCAAGUCAAGACGCGCUCGCCGUCAGACUGUGCCGGACGACGCGACUCGUGCUGCUGCUCCGUUGCGGUUGGGAACGGCCAAAGACGAAGCCUCGAUCAUGCUGGCGAAGUCUCCCGCUACGCACAUUGAGCUGACAAAACCAUCACUUGAGCCACAAAAGUCAUCAAGACCCUCAAGAACACCGCUCAGUAGCCGUCGAGUGAGCCCGGCAAAGGAAAACGUCGGCCCUUCACCCUCUGUUCCGUCCAGUCCUUUGCCUGUACCUUCGCCAGAACCAGACCCUUGGAUGAAUAUGGACGAGAGCUCGAUACCCCAGCUUGACAAGAGGGCAAUGCCGACAGCAGGGUCGCCCUACGUCAACCCUUCGUGGAACCCUCCCCCAAAGAAACACCGGACUUCCAAGUCCGUGUCGCAGAGCACAAAGUCAGAAUUACAGGCCAUCCGGCAGAAGAUGGAGAGUGCCGAUGCGAGGACAGAGGCGAAAACUAAUCAACCCCGUGUUGAAGAGCAGCCUGUGCUCGACUUAGAGGCACGGCUCGCAGCGUUGUCCUCGAAGCCAAGUAAGAAAGACGGCACCGAGAAAUCGAGAUCUGAACCAAGCAAAUACUCACCGACUGAUCCGAAGUUCGACCUUGCCAAGAUCACGUCCCAUCAUGCAGAAGGGUCGACCAAGGUCAAGCAUGACAGGGUUGAGAUGCUGCCCGUCGACCGAAAGUCUGAGGCGAGGAAGCGGCUUGAGGAGAGGAAGAAGCUGAGGAAGGCUGCUCCAGUAUGACCGGAUUACGAUUUGCUUUGAGCGUGUAUAUCAUUCCUCUUCUUGUAGGGCGUCACUUCACAGCUGGGCUGGUGGCUAUGCCCGGUUUUUGGUUAUCGGCUAUUGAUAUCGGAGUAACGGAUGAUACCACACAAUUCACUUCG